CUCGGUACACGAGAGACCGAUGGACGAGCGAGGCGAAGAACGGAGGAGGAAAAUUAAAUAGUUCUAUUUUAUUCGAAAGGAAAACAAUAGAAAAAGGCGAAAAGGGUAAAAAUUCCGAAAUCCAGUCCUCGUUCAUCCCGGGGAGGAAGGUUUCCUUCUCUGUACUCUUCUCCCCUCCCCUCCCCUCCGCUCUCUCCCCUCUACCAUUUCGUUGUUGCCCACCCUCUCCUCCUCUGUAUUAAUUAUUGAUAUCAUCGCCAUAGAUAACCCUAACCCUCCUCGAUUCCGUGUUGCUGCGAUCUUCCCGUCCGCUCCGGAAUAAUUUCUGCACGCCUUUGAGCUCCCGAUCCGGUCAUUGCCGGCGCCUCCUCCUCCGCCCCGAUGCGUCGUCGGAAUUGAGGUGAUGGGACUGGAAUCGUCCGGAGGGAUUCGGCGACUAGUGGGUUUGAGUCGGGGAACAGCUGACACGAUCCAGGAUCUCGGCGGCGCUUCGGCGUGGUAGAUUUAGGUCGGGUGGCGCCGCGUGUGCUGAUGGUGUAGUAGGGCUGGUCGGUCGGGGGCUAUGGCGGAGGUUGAUGCCAGCAAGGUGGUGGUGGUGGAGGAUGGAUCUCGUGAUGAGCCGCCCCCCUCCAGCUCAUCGUGGAAUCCGCUUCGGAAAGCAUUCCGCCCGUAUGUCUCUCCUUCCCAGUCUUCUACGGCGAGCUCAACGCAAUCCAGCAGCGGCAGCGGCAGCAGCAGCAGCACCACACUUCGGGUGAUCGUCAAGAGACCUCUGGUGACAAGACUGACCAAGGGCCUAGUUGAAACUUAUCAAAUCUGUAAUCCCACAUUUAAAUAUUCAGAGGCAGUGAAUCCAAAGCGCUUCCUAACAAAUCCUUCAAUCGGAGUGCUGAAUGAUGGCUACGAUAAUGCAAAUUCAGAUCUUAUCUUACAUGUGAACUUUGAGUUGGUCAAUUUAGAGAGAAAACGAAGGUAUACUGUCAAGGAUAUGCUUGGCCAAGGGACCUUUGGACAGGUUGCCAAAUGCUGGGAUUGGGAGACCAACAAUUAUGUUGCUGUGAAGAUAAUAAAAAACCAGCCUGCUUAUUAUCGGCAGGCAGUGGUUGAGGUCUCUAUUCUGCACAUGUUGAAUCAGAAGUUUGAUCCUGAUGAUAAACAUCACAUUGUCCGCAUCCUUGAUUAUUUUGUAUUUCAGCGACACCUGUGCAUAUCCUUUGAAAUGCUUGGCUCAAACCUGUAUGAGCUAAUUAAAAUGAACCACUUCAAAGGUUUAUCAUUAAACAUUGUGCAGAUGUUCUCAAAACAGAUUUUGCGCGCAUUGGUUGUCAUGAAAGAUGCUGGCAUAAUACACUGUGACAUGAAGCCAGAAAACAUACUUAUAUCUACAAGUGUGAAGCCAACAGAAAUAAAGGUUAUUGAUUUUGGAUCAGCCUGUAUGGAGGGUCGGACAGUGUACUCAUAUAUUCAGAGUCGUUACUACAGGUCUCCGGAAGUUCUUCUGGGUUAUCCAUAUACAAGCUCGAUUGAUAUGUGGUCGUUCGGAUGUAUUGUUGCUGAACUGUUUCUAGGAUUGCCUUUAUUUCCUGGAGCUUCCGAAUAUGAUCUACUGAAGCGGAUGAUACAGAUACUGGGUGGGCAACCACCUGAUAAUUUGCUUAGGGAUGCAAAAAAUACCAGCAAGUUUUUUAAGCAUGUUGGAAGUAUUUAUCGUUUGGAGCAUGAAGAGACAUCCGAGGAAGUUACUAGUGCUUACCGAGUUUUAACUGAGGAGGAAUUUGAAGCAAGAGAAUCAAAAAGGCCAUCAAUAGGAAAAAACUACUUUAAUCAUGUAAAGCUGGAAGAUAUCAUCGCCAACUACCCUUACAGAAAAAACUUGCCAGAGGAAGAAAUCAUAAGAGAAAGUUUAACUCGCUUGGCGUUGGUUGAUUUUUUGAGGGGCCUUGUUGAAUUUGAUCCGGGAAAACGGUGGUCUCCCUUACAGGCUUCAGGUCACCCAUUUGUCACUGGAGAACCAUUCAGAUGUCCUUAUAAGCCUCCCCCUGAGUCUCCAAGAAUUCCUGUCAUUCAUACUGUAACAGUAGACCACAAUCCAGGAGGUGGUCAUUGGCUGGCUGCUGGUCUUUCACCCCAGGUUUCGAGCGUUAACAAGUAUUUACCACUCAAUAGCCCUCACUUUCACAAGGUACCCAUGUCUUAUGGCAGUAGCUAUGGCAGCUUGGGGAGCCAUGGUAGCUAUAAUGAUAAUACAGGUCUUGGGAGCAGUUACGGAAGCUAUGGUGACAUUAACAGUGUGCAUGCCUAUAAUUCACCGGUAGGUCCAUGUGGAUUCAAUAUGCAUGUGCAAGUUGGCGGACCAUUCCUUGGAUCUAGUCCAGAUGCUAGACAUAGAUCUCAGCUGUCUCAUGGAACUGGGUUUGGUGUUAGUCCUUACGGAGGUCUGGGACCAAUGUCUCUCGGAGCCAGUCCCUCACAAUUCACUCCUCCAAGCUCACAGAUGCAGAUUUCAUCUGCUUCUCCUGGAAAGUAUGGUCCAACUUCUCCUGUGAGAGGCAGUGUUCGUGGUAUCUCUUUGGGUAAAGCAGCUGCGGUUGGCCAGUACAAUAAAAGAACUUGGGGCUACCCAACAAUCUGCAUGCAGCCUUUUGGAAGUGCCGAUCAUGGACCAGGAUUUUGUGGUGAUGGUAUGAGUUGUAGCCAACCUGAUGCUCAGUUCCGAGGACACGGUGGUUCUCCUCAUUCUGCAAUUUCAUCUUCCAGUCAUUCUAACUGGUGGCAACAGAUGGGUGGAGGGAAUGGCUUGUCUUCGAGCCUCAAUUCAGCCAAUCAGAAGAGUUAUCCAGCCCCUCAAGCUCAAAAUUCCUUUGUGGUCUCUUCACACAGCUUGGAAGUUCCAUGUGAUAAACCAGAAGGCAGUUCAUCGCUGCCUGAUCCUGCAGAUUGGGAUCCCAAUUAUAGUGAUGAAUCCCUUUUGCAAGAGGAUAAUGCAGAAGUCAGCUCCCUGAAUUCAGAAUUUGCAAAUUGUGUACGUCUUACUGACCCAUCAGAUGAGGCCGUACUAACUAGUGGAAUUGGCAGAUAUGCCCAUAACCAAGCUUAUCCAAGCACAAAAUUCUUAUCAUCAAAUCAAAGAACAGAUGGUCUUCGUCAGACAUAUUCAUUUGCUGAGAAUUACCCUUCUACUUCCCAUGAAAUACGAGGUGGGAAUGGUCGUCCACCUCAAUUCUUGCAAAACUUUCCAAGCCGUUUUGGCCAGCAAUCUGUUCAUAGGUACAAUUACAUGAAUUCAACUAUGCAUGGUGAAAGAAGUCAUCAAUAUGGCCAGCCAGCUUAUUCAAAUUACAACAGAGCAGAUUCUCAUUCUUCUGCAAAUGCUAUGUUUAGCAAUAGUAUGCCAUGGGCCAAUCCAUAUGAGGAUGGUGUCUACAUGAAGAGGGCAAUCUUUGUUUCAUCAGUCAAGCCUAUGGAUUGUCAUCCUUUGAACUGUACCAGGAGGAAGGGUUGGACAUUCCAUGGCGACAACCCUACCGACAUCCCAUUCGAAAAAGGACUAUGGAAAGAUCUGAGGCUGUCAACCAUAUCCGUUUGCCCGGAACUGAAAAUUUCUACUUGGAAAUUCCAAUUCCAGCUGCCUUGCCUUGCUUGUGUUGCUUGUGACAGUCCUUGAUGGGGUUGCUGAUACACUGUGCUUUUCACAAAUAUAUAAUGUUAUGGUCAUGGGAACACAUUGCAUUUUAUAUGACCUUGAUGUUUCAACUCCA